AAAUUUCUGAAAGGGGGAACAAUGCAGUUUUUUUUUAUAACAACAGGAAGUGGUACUGCAUAGUUUUCCCUUCAUGCAAAACCAAAAGAGGAAGUGAAAUUCUACGUAGCCUAUUAAACAGAAGCAAAUAUUUUUUCUUGAUCUUUAUGAAUCCAACAUUGAAAAAUGUUUCAAGAAUCUGACUACAGAGAAAACCUGUCAUUGAUGUUAUCAGAGGUUUUACAUGACAUUGGUAUCAAUGAAAGAAUGGUGAUGAGAAGGAAAAGACAUUACAUGCUGGCAGAGACUAUGAGUAAUAACACUUACAGGUUAAUUGAUGAAAAUAUGACUGAAUAUUAUCUAGGGAGUAAGAGAGAAGAUAAAACUACUAUAGGACUUGAUUCAGACUUGGAUAUACUAUUCUGUAACCAUGAAGUCAUAUAAUACAAGACCGGUCAGAGUGGGAACAUGACAAGUCAAACUACCUCAUGAUACAGGAUGAGAACACUACCCCUGGUUAUUGUUUCUUACAACUGCUCCUACCUUAUGAACCUCUUCCUGUGUCAUUCCUAAUGAACAACAUAUUAUUGAUAGAAAUGAAAGAAUAUUGUGUAAAAACACAAAAAAGUACAUAUACACGGUGCUGUAGAUCAUGGACCAUCCUUGUUCAGUCAAGGACAACAUGGAUAUUGUGAUAGAGAUCAUGUGUUAGCUUUACCAUGUAAAUCAUGGCCUCAAUCAGCAUUAGGUUGGUUAGAUAGACAAGGUAUUAGCGGAUGGCCAACAAUAGAGAUGAGAAGAUAUGCAGCCAGUACUAGGUGUUUUGUUGUUCCAACUGGAAGUAAGGUCAGUGAAUAUCCUGAAUUGGAAUGGAGAAUAUCUACAUCACUGGCAGAAAGGUGUUUAAUGUUCAAUUUAAAUAUAACACAAAUAAGGUGCUAUGUGUUGUUGAAAAUGAUUCUAAAAUCUUCCAUUUAUCCUGGAGGGACAAUUGAUAUAUCAAGUUUCAUGUGUAAAACAGUUCUAUUACAUUGAAUAUGGAAAAAGAACAAUGUAUACACAUGUUUUACAAAUUGUUUAUUGAAAUUGCACAUUUGUGUACAGAAUGACAGAUGUUCACAUUUCAUUAUCCAAGAAAAUAAUUUGAUGGCAGGGAAAUUAACAGCUGAGACAAAACAUGAACUUUCAAAAAAUAUUUGUGAUUUUAUACAGAAUGGAAGACAACAGUUAUUUAGGAUUGCUAUUGAUGAUCUUGGUCUUAGACUGCAAGUUAAACUGAACAUGGUACCACAUGGACUAUACAUUAUUCUGAAUUCUCCUGAAACGUACAAUUUAUCUCUUUUAAACAGUGAUUUUUUAUACAUUGUAUCUAAUAUAAGUGUAACCCAACUGAAAGUUUUAGAACAUUUAUACGAUAAAAACAUUAGGACAAUGAAGCAAUCUUUAGGUACACUAAAGACCUUCAGUGUUAAUUGUAAUAGAUUACAACAGACAUGCAAGUAUCUAGCACCUUUUCUUUUUACCACAUAUGGGUCUGUCCUGGCAUCAUCUUAUAUUGGUCAAAAUAAUAAAGUUUCACCUGAAGCAUUGGUUUGGUUAUUAGAUGGUUUAAAUUCAGAUAUCUCAUCUAGUAGACUUAAAUUGGCUUCAGUGUUCUACAGUACAGGAAAUAUGGAGAAAGCUGAAGUAAUUCUGAGACACAUUGAACAACAAUAUUACUCUUAUCCUGUUGUAGCUAUCUGUGAAUGCUGGAGGACGCCUCCACCAGCAGUAACUGCAGAAUUCAAGAGGGUAUGUAGUGAGCAAAGUGUUGACUGUAUCAAACAUAUUACAGCUUUUUGUGUCAGAUUCAUAAAGGUAGAGAUCAACUGUGUUCCCCAUGAACUACAAUAUGAAAUGUUCAGGUCUACACAAGAUGACAUGAUCCACAGAGAUAAAAUAGAAGACUUUUGGAUGAACUUGGCUAUAGUCGAUUCCCUACCUUUCCUGUACUUCCUACUAUAUAAGAUCUACCGUCAUCUACAAAGACAACAAGAUCAACAACAAGCAAUAAGUAAACUUAUAAGAACCAUAGCAACAGAUAAAAACCUUGGACAUAGAGAAACAGCUCUCAACAUCUUAGGACAAUGUAUGGAACAAGAAAACAGACCUCAACAAGCAUUAAAAUGUUACCUGCUUUCUCUCCAGCAAAGGGCAAGAAACAAUGCAGCAAACUUUCAUAUAUGUAAGCUCCUUUUUGGGGUAUUGGCUGGGCAAUAAAAUUGAAACCGACAGUUAUAAGACUUGAAUGUUCAGUAAUCAUAAACUGCUUGUGUGUAUCAAACUAUUUAGAUGUUGAAAUAUAUGCUUUAUUAUCCAUCUUUUGUUACAUUUGUCAUUUAGUUUAUACAAAUUUAUUUUAGUUCGAUUGUGUUGGAAGCUAUAAGCUUAAUGAAACACUCCCGAAUCCGUUCCUGGAACCAACCAGUACUAAGCAAUGAAUGUAUAGUUUCUUGCUCAAGGAAACAGCGGCUUGCCCCUGACAGGGUUUGAACCCACGCGGUCAGCAAUCCUUAUAUUACUAGUCAGACGUGUUAACCACUCGGCCACGUUUGUCAUUUAGACAGCAUUAAAGACGCUUUUGGAAAUUCAUACAUUUAAAUUUAAAAUUUGCGAGUUGUAAGAAUGCAACAGAAACAUUUAAGCGAAACUAAUUUGGGUUUCACCUUUUUCAUUUUUGAGUUAUUUGGGCCUUAAUUGGACUAUAAGGACAGAUAUUUUUGAUAAAUGGUUUUCAAAAUAUUAAUAUUGAAUAUUUAGGACUCAAGGGCAGAUAAUUCAGAAUAAAGGUAAACAAUACCUUAUUAUGCCCCCCUUCGAAGAAGAGGGGGUAUUUGUUUUGCUAAUAUCGGUCGGUCGGUCCGACGGUCUGUCUGUCGGUCGGUCUGUCUGUCCAUUGGUAGACUAAAUGGCUUAAAAUCUAUAAAUCACAAAGUCUCCAUAUUUCACCUACUUAUUGGUAAUAACUAGUAGAUGACCGAAAUUGAUCUUGAGGUCACUAGGUCAAAGGUCAAAGUCACAGCGGACUUAAAUGUCAGAAAGGUUUCAGCUCAUUAUCUACAAUAAACUAUCACAUAUAAGUCUUCAUAUUUCGUGUACUUAUUUGUCAUAACUAGUAGAUGACCCCUCUUGAUUUUGGGAAAGUCACAGGGGCCAUAAAAGUCAGAAUGGUUACUAUUCAUUAUCUUUAUUUUUUAUCACAAACUAGAAGAUGACCCUAUUGAUUUUGGGAUCAUAUGAUAAAGGUGUAGGUCACAGAAACCUUAAAAGUCAGAAUGCUUUCCGCUCAUUUUCUCUAAAACUAUUAAAUCGCGAAGUCUUCAUAUUUCAUAUACUGAUUUAUCAUAACUAGAUUAGCCCUAUUGAUUUUGGGGUGACUAGUUUAAAGGUCAAGGUCACACGG